AUGAGCUCGCCAGAGGACUUGCUCGAAGGAGAGCCUCCCGUCAUCGACCCCUACGAGGUUCUGGGGCUCGAUCGGGAUGCUUCUCCGGACAAGGUCAAGACGGCGUACCGCAAGGCGGCUCUAAAGCACCAUCCAGACAAGGUCCCCGUGGCCGAGCGCGACGAAGCCCACCAAAAGUUCCAGUCCAUCGCACUUGCCUACGCCAUCCUCUCCGAUGCGGCGCGUCGGAAGCGAUAUGACGAGACGGGGUCGACAUCCGAGUCCAUCGUCGACUCGGACGGAUUCAGCUGGUCAGAUUACUACCGCGAGCAGUUCAAAGACGCCGUCUCGGAAGAUGCGAUCGACAAGUUCGCCAAGAUCUACAAGCGCUCGGACGAGGAGAAGGAUGAUAUUCUCGUGGCCUACGAGAAGUUCGAGGGCGACAUGGAUGCGAUUUACGAGACGGUGAUGCUCAGCAACGUGCUGGAGGACGACGACCGCUUCCGUGCCAUCAUCGACGAGGCCAUUACCAACAAAGAUGUCCCCGCGUUCAAGAAGUACACGAAGGAGAGCAAGAAGUCAAAAGAAGCCAGGAUAAAAGCAGCCAGGGACGAAGGAGACGAAGCAGAAGAAUACGCCAAAGAACUCGGCGUUCACGAUAAGCUCUUCGGCAACAAGAAGGACGCGGGCAAGAAGGGCAAAAGCAAGAAGUCAUCUGAAGCCGAUCUGCUCGCCCUCAUCCAGGGCAACCAGAAGAGCCGGCAACAGGCCCAGAAUGACUUCCUGGACAACAUCGCUGCCAAGUAUGCUGCGCCAGCCAAGAAGGGCGGCAAGGGCAAGAAAAGAGUUGCGGAUGAGGAUGACAUCUCCGAAGAAGCAUUUCAGGCUGCGGCGGCCAAGUUGAAGAAGGGCCGAAAGUGA